AUGACGGACGAUCAGCCACCCUCUCCUACCAGCCCAUCUGACGCGCUCGUCGACGCUCUCGCUUCGCCCACUAGUCCGCUGUCGCCAUAUGACAGUGACGCAGUCCAGCAUGUAUCCAAGCAAGGCGAGUACGAGUCUACGCCUGUCAGCCCGUCGCCUGAGCCGUCAGAGCUGGCCCACGAAGGCAUAGCGCCGGAUGAUUCCAUAGCGAGCGCGCUCGUCGCAAAUGACGCCAAGGCAAGCAAAGUCACGCAAUCAAUCCAUGUCGAGCCUGUGCUGCCAACAACGCUCGACAAUGGGCCUGCGCCAGAAGAGACUGUGCUAGACAUCGAGCAUGCUAGCAGUGUCGCUUUACCGCUCUCACCUGUCGAUACAGCACCCGACACGCCGCGAAAUGUCGUGCAUCUCGUUCAGAUGCAGCAGACCGAGCAAGCGCUGCAAGACGACGAAGACGCGCCCGCCACGCCGCGAGAGGCGAGCCGAUCCUCGAUGCAAACCGACGCUGCGAGCGAUCAGCUGAGGCUGGCAACGCUCGAAACGCCUCACGCGCCUGUCGAGGACCCUCGCGACUUGGGCACACCGGACACGCCGAGGCAACCCCAGCACGUGAUAUCUGACAAGCGUUUGUCUGGCUCAGCCGCGCCAGUCGACGUUGCGAAAAGUCCAGCGAUCGGCGAAGACAGCAUUUCCGAACAGGGGAAUGCCCCUGAUACAGAGCAGGUAAGAGAGCCAGAAUCGCCCUUUAUAGCAGCACAAGAGCCUUCUAUGGUAUUUGUAGCGCCUAUCAGCUCUAAGCUGGCGGCUCAGCCCGUCUCUGCACCGGUGUCAUUGAACGCACCACCGUCCGCUGCAAAUAAUGCGGAAGAACCAGCAACAGCGCCAGCGAUCGGAGAGCAGCCACGCAUGAUCAUUGAGGAACCGGCAAUCGAGUCGGCUGUGACGCCGAGUCUACAAGAUCCACUAUCAGCAGCACCGCAAGAAGCGAUAGCAAGCGCGUACCUUCAAUCUUCAAGCUCGUCCCUGCAUCCAGGCUCACCCGCCCCCUCGCCAAGCCCGAGCGCGUCGUCACAGAAGGAAUUGCCUUACUAUCGCUACACCAAGCCUCCUCGCAACGUUUGGGGCAUCGUCGUCGUUGGCAUGCAUCAUGCUCUCGGACCCGUCGUGGAGUACUCGUGGCCACCUUUACUCGCCCAAGACGAGAUGCUGCAAAACUCGCUACCUUUCCUUGCCUUACCGGAUGGCGCACAUUUGGUCAAUGACCUUGCCCAGGAUCCAGAGGACCCCACUGACCCUAUGCUGUCUUCUGCUCUUGCACCCGGACUUUCAAUCGAGCAGAGAGACGAGGACUAUACGUAUUUUCAUCUCGUUUGCCCUUCGGUCUCGCCGUCGACCAUUUUUGGCAUAUCGUGCAAUCGACAGUUGCCUGCUUCUCAAUUGCUCAAUCGAGACGCAUCCGUUACGCGCAGUACAGUCCAGAAAGCCGUCGUCGUCCUUGCGAGCAUGCCUGUAUUCGGUCCUAUCCGCGACAAACUGGGCGUGAUUACGCGCGCUUACUUUGCACAACGAGACUUCAGUGAGACUGCGAUCCUCGUGGAUUUCUACGAUCAGCUCGAAAAUAGCUUAGGCAUCGAAGAGGACGUGCUCGGUGACGAAGCACUCUACAUGGCAACCUCGAUACGAGAACUUAUUCAGCAAUUCCGCUUCAAGACUCUUAUGCUCCUCAAGCUGCUGCUCCUCCAGCGCAAAGUCAUGUUCUACGGUAACACGGUCGAACGUCUGUGUAAUUUCCAGUAUUCGCUCAUCUCAAUGGUACCUCUGUUGCUGCUCAAUCUAGAAGAUGCGGCCACACCCGAGCUCGACGAGAGAGCGAAGCAUAUGGUGCCAUCCAGUACACUCAAGACAUCCGACAAGCUCAGCUUGCUCCAUUACACUGGCCACCCGCUCAACAUCUUUGGUCGCAAUGCGUUCUUCCAGCCAUAUUUGCCUCUACAACAGAUCGAUAUGCUCAAGACGGAUUCAUAUCUCGUCGGCACGACCAACAGUAUCUUCCAGCAGCAGCGAGAUUGCAAGAUUGACGUUCUCGUCAAUAUAGAGACGGCUCAUCUGGAGUUCCUUGACCCUACAAUCGCGCCUCUGGUCAAUCUCACUCCGGCUGAUCGUCGCUGGAUGGAUGACGUUGUCAGGACGGUAUCGGAUACGUGGAAUGCCAAUGACCCCUCCAGACCGCUUGGCAUGCAGUUCACCGGUAGUGACGAUUUCCUGAGGGCCAAGUUCGAAGAGUAUAUUUGCUCUGCAUUGUCGGCCAUCAAAUUCAGGCAAUUUAUCGACAAGAAUCCAAAGCAAGCCCAUCUCGAGACGGCUGACCUGCAUUCGAGCUUGGCAAGUUACAACGAGGCAUGGAUCACAGCGUUCAGAGCAACACCGGCUUGCAAGCUCUGGAACCUCAUGACGGAUCCUGCGCUAUUCGACCUGAUCGAGCCGAAGCACCCUUGCGAAGGUCAAGCGAGAUUUGUGGAUGAUGUCGGUCUACGCUUGGUCGAAGGUGUGCACGAUCUCAAGCUAGAGGAGAAUCUGGCCCCGGCGCGAGAGGCAAUUUCGAAGGGAAUAUCGACUGGAGCGGAGUCCAUCUGGCGGGUUUACUCGAACAUUCGCAACGACCUCUCGCGACGGCAAGAAGAACGGCGUGUUAAGGCUGAGCCCACCGAGCUCAAGCCUGUGGUAGCCCCUCCUGCCACGACUAUACCAGAAGCGGUCAAGGCUGUCACGACGCCUGUCGCAGAGAGUACAGACCUGCCGCCGCCGCCACCGCCAGCCAAUACGAAGCCCGGUGCAGCCGUGGGUGCUCAAGGCAGGCCAAAUGGCGAACUGUACGCAGGCGUGAGCGAGGCAUCGAUCCGCGCCUCUACGAUCGCGUCAUCCUUCGGCUCUUUCCUGAGCUCUCGUCGCGCUCAAUUGUGGGCAAGUAAGCCGCAGCCGGCCCUGCAGCAGUCAGAGGUCACCUCCGUCCCCGUCGAGCCAUCGCCCACGGUACGACCUUCGCUCUCGCAGAGGGCUUCUUCAGUGUCGAUGUCUGUCUCGAUGUCCCAAGGCCGCGCCAGCUCCUUCUUCAGUCGAAGGACGAGCAGCGACAGCUUUGCAAGUCGGACUACAGCAACGAGCAGUAGCGAAUCGACCAAUUCUAGUCCGCGCAUGACGCUGGCAGAGAUGACCGCCCGCGAGCGAGCUGCUAAUGAGUGCUGGCCGGAAGAGCCGGCUGCACAUCGCGAAUCGGACGAGACAGAGGUAGGAGGGCUCUCAGAGGUCGCAUUGUAA